UAAUGUUACGGUCACACUGUGACUGUGCCGCUUACUCAUUGCGGAAAACGUGAAAGAAAAUCAUAUUGCCGCCUGUCUGCUAUAAAAUUGAUUGUUUUUUAGCAAUAUUAACGUAAAGCCGCAAAUAUCAUCACUUAAAUAUGCAGCCACAAAUAGUGCUCCUGAAGGAAGGCACCGACACGUCGCAAGGCAAGCCGCAGUUGGUAUCGAAUAUCAAUGCCUGCCAAUCGAUUGUGGACGCUGUUCGUACCACUUUGGGUCCCCGCGGCAUGGAUAAGCUGAUUGUGGAUGCCCAGGGUAAAGCGACAAUAUCAAAUGAUGGCGCCACCAUCAUGAAACUGUUGGAAAUCAUUCAUCCUGCCGCGAAAACACUGGUUGACAUCGCUAAAUCACAAGACGCCGAGGUGGGAGAUGGCACCACGUCUGUUGUGCUGCUGGCCGGCGAGUUUCUCAAGCAGGUCAAACCUUUUGUCGAGGAGGGUGUUCAUCCUCGCAUUGUGAUCAAGGCCAUUCGCAAAGCAUUGCAGCUCUGUAUGGACAAGAUCAAUGAGAUGGCUGUGCGAAUUGAGAAACAGUCAAAGGAUGAGCAGCGAGCUCUGUUGGAGAAAUGUGCUGCGACAGCAAUGUCGUCGAAGUUGAUCCAUCAACAAAAGGAUUUCUUCUCCAAAAUCGUUGUAGACGCUGUGCUUUCGUUAGAUGAGUUGCUGCCACUCAACAUGAUUGGCAUCAAAAAGGUGUCUGGUGGUUCACUUGAAGAAUCCCAAUUGGUUUCGGGUGUUGCUUUCAAGAAAACUUUCUCAUACGCCGGCUUUGAGAUGGCCCCCAAAUCCUAUGAGAACUGCAAAAUUGCAUUGCUCAACAUCGAGCUAGAGCUGAAGGCAGAACGUGACAAUGCAGAGAUUCGUGUUGAUAAUGUAAAGGAAUAUCAAAAGGUAGUGGAUGCCGAGUGGCAGAUUCUUUACAACAAAUUGGCUAAAAUUCACGAAUCAGGCGCUAAUGUGGUGUUGUCCAAGCUGCCCAUUGGUGAUGUGGCCACACAGUAUUUCGCCGAUCGAAACAUGUUCUGCGCCGGACGCGUCCUCGAGGAGGAUCUCAAGCGUACCAUGAAAGCAUGCGGCGGCGCCGUCAUGACCACGGCCAACGACAUCAAAGCCAAUGUUCUCGGUCUGUGCGAACGCUUCGAGGAACGUCAAGUUGGUGGCGAACGUUUCAAUCUAUUCCAAGGCUGUCCAAAUGCCAAGACCAGCACAUUGAUCCUGCGCGGCGGAGCUGAUCAGUUUCUAGAGGAGACAGAGCGUUCACUGCACGAUGCCAUCAUGAUUGUGCGCCGAACCAUUAAACAUGAUUCUGUUGUCGCCGGUGGGGGCGCCAUUGAGAUGGAGUUGUCGAAAGUGCUUCGCGAUUACUCGCGCACCAUUGCUGGCAAGGAGCAGCUGCUGAUUGCAUCAAUUGCAAAAGGACUAGAGAUUAUUCCGCGUCAACUUUGCGACAAUGCCGGCUUCGAUGCCACCAACAUUCUCAACAAACUUCGCCAAAAGCAUGCCCAAGGUGGCCAAUGGUAUGGCGUUGACAUUAACAAGGAGGACAUUUCCGAUAACUUUGAACAAUGCGUUUGGGAGCCAUCGAUUAUCAAGAUCAAUGCACUGACCGCCGCCGCAGAGGCCGCUUGCAUGAUUCUCUCGGUGGACGAGACAAUAAAGAGCCCUAAAGCUGGAGAAGCACCUAUGGCUGGUGGAAUGGGUGGCAUGGGAAUGGGUCGCGGCAUGGGUAGGCCCAUGUAAAAUAAACUACUCUUAAUCGUUGCAAAACAACACAUCAACAACAAUAACACACAUCAACAAAAAACACACUCAAGCGUUUCAUAAUCAUUCACUUGCAUUUCUCUACUUUCUUAAUUUAACACACGUUCGUAUGUAUUACUGGUCAUAAAACGCAGUCUUUGUUGCACCCUUUGAACAAUCUAUUCAAUAACCAAUGACCUAUGCCUAUGUCUAAUAAAAAGAAAUGAAAAACUUUCAUAACAUACAA